GAAAGCCGCGUCUGGCGGGCAGAGCAACUCAAAAUUUUCCGUCGACAUAAAGCUGAUGAACUGAUUGGAAAUUGUUUAUAUAUUUUCAAAUUUUUCAGAUUACCAAAUCGCAGAAAAUAUCGCAAUCAAGAUGGAAAAAGUGAUGUCAAACGGGCUGCUCGUCUCCACCAUCAUGGAACAUCUUCCCGUCUCCGAUCUUAUCCAGUGCGCCCAAGUUAACCCACUUUGGGAACAAAUGGCCGUGAAAUGGCUGAACCGAAAGGCCAUCGUCAACCUCGACUAUGACGAAAAACCCAUGUCAACUUAUCUGAAAAUGGUCCGUGGCGACGGUGACGAAACGAUUGGGCGAUGUCACGACCAGAUCGCCCUGGACGGAAUGGGUUCUCGGAACGUUCGAGACAUAUUUUUCGGCAGCAAGCAUACCGUCACUCGAGAACAGUUUGACACCCUGGUCGCAGCCGUGCAGGAAUUUGGACACUGCGUGAAAACGCUAAAGGUCCAGUUGGAGUUUGGCGAAGGGAAACCACUCCCUACCGAAUACCAAACGAUCUUCUCCUCCGCCCAAAACGUGGAAUUCCUCUCGUUCGAAUUUCAAUUUCCCGGUCACCUCGAAUCUCUCGCCACGCUGCCCCCACAACUAUCCUUCCCCCACUUGAAAAUACUCUCCUUCUGUACGACCUGCAUCCGCCCCCUAACGGACGGACUAAAGUGGACGGAGGAAAGCUUGCGCGCCGUGUUGGGCAAGAUUACCGCGGCGGCGCCGAAUCUCGCCGACGUCUCGGCUGGGCGGGACGAAACGAUGGGAAUUAUUCUUGAAGAGGUCGCCAAAUCGGGGGGAAUACGCCGCCUCGAGGAGAAAAUUCAGGCUAUCGAGACCUGCCCGAAAACCAGAACGACCACGAUUUUGAUGGAGACGGGGUUCGAAAAUCUGAAAACUCUCAAGCUCGCGAUUCGUUCGGAAACGCGGGACAAUUUUGGGAAGAUUGUGGAGAAGUAUAAGCACACUUUGGAAAAGCUGCAUGUCUCCUUGGCGUAUGGGGGCGGGGGGUGGUUGAUCUUUCCGAAGAGUAUGGACAGGUUGGAAGAAUUACACGUGGACUUCAACUGUCCAUUUUUUCAGGAUGAAUACGCCAAGAAAUAUCCGGCCUUAAAAUUCCCUUCUUGUACCGAAUCCGGGCACGAAUUCUACCCCAAGUUGGAGAAAGUUGUGAUGGGAGGGACUCGUCAGACGGAACGCGUCAUGCCAAAAUAUUUGGCCAUCAUUUUUCCGGGACAAUAUUGGCGGAAACGGCUUCCCAUGCCAGAAUUUGGAUUUCCAUCCGUACGCCAUCUCGAGCUCGAGAAGUACGACUACGACGUGGAGGAAUGGGAUUUGGCCACGUUUCGACGGAUCGUGAAUUACUUCCCGAACUUGUACAAUGCUGAUACUUCUGAUAUUGCUACCGAAUACGAUGACGACGACGACAGCGAGGACACUUCGGAGGAGGAAUUUUUUUCUGAGUCUGACUCCGACGAGUAGGUUAAGGUUGAAUUGUGUGUGGGUUUUGAAUUUGAAUUUUUUUGUCUCAACUUUCUCUUCUUCCACGUAUUUAUGUAUUUAAAUAGAACGGUUUUGUAACUUGUUCAUCUUUUACAUGUGUUUUUUUUACAAAAUUAGGAUUUUAUUAUAUCUCAAAAUCGAUAAUUAUGCAAAGUUAGAAGGUUAGAAUUUUCCCGUUCUUCUUCGAUGAGAAAUAGAAAUAUAACAAAAUAAUAAGUAUCAACUAAAUAUUUGUUGAACGAUAUACGUAUGUUUUCUAUGCAUAAAUCAGCAUAAGCGGGUGUUUUUCAAUUGCCAUAUAUGUAUAUUAUUGUAAGCAUUUAUGUAAAUAUGUGUGUUUUAGUGAAUGCCAAAAAAAAUUAAAGUCAAUUGGUACAGCCGUUUUGGCUCUAUCGUGCCGGACAGACAGACGGACGGACGGACAUGACGGUUCCAUAAGCCCUGACUCGGGCUAAAAAGCCAUUAUUCAAAGGGAUUCAUAAGAUUAUUAGGUUUUAUCAUUUUAUUUUUAAUUCGCAUGAAACACAUAAAUAUGUAUAGAAUUUUGUUUGGGAUAAAAUAUAUAGAUACAUACAGUAUGUAACUUUAUUGUAGAUGCAGUGCAUGUAUUUGAUAUAUAAAUCGGGAAUACUUUGUAGCGACUAAA